AUGGAUUACGAGAGGAUAGAGAAGGUGCAGAAGAGCAUAAUCUCGCCGACGAAGCUGCGAAUGAAGCUAAUGGGUUCACACAAUAACAAGAAGAGAGAAGGAUCCAACAGUAACUCUUCAAGAACAUCUCCUGUUCGUCUUCAGGUUUCAGAUGUCACAGAGUUCUCCAAGAACAGCUUGCUAGCUUCUAAACCUGAUUCAGACGACGAUGAAAAUGUCGCGGCUCCAACUACGGAUAUAGAAGUAGCUAAACUGCCAAAUGCACCGGUUUUGGAUAUAUCCGAGAGCGAUAAUCAAGCCUCGAGACAUAGUUGUGAAUCUGUUAUGAGAGAAAACGGUCAACCAAGACCUCAGCAAUUUAAAAAAGGCGACUUGAGUAUGGCUCUGAGACCUCAAGAAGAUGAGAAUCUUGAUUAUGACAGUAACGCUAGCUCUUCAAGCUUCGAGUUUCACGGUGUUCGUGGUGAGCGUUCGAAUCAGAACCAUGCCUCAAGAGCAUACCCUUCGAGGCAAAUGCCAUCCAAAUGGAAUGAUGCUGAGAAGUGGAUAAUGAGCAGACAGAAGAACAUGGUGAUGAGGAAGAACUGUCAAGGGAACAGGAUGCCUGUGAGAGUUGUGCCUGAUAAUGCAGGUUACGAGCUUAACAAAUCAAGGAUGGAUCCGUGCCAUUCCUCACAUAUUGAUGGGUCCGAGAAGUUCCCUAAUUUUGUUCACACUCAAGGAUAUGGAGGUAACUUGUUGAUCGAUCAAUCCACACAAAGCAAAGAUCUUGUGGACACAACAAAGGAUACAUCACGUAAUGAUACAACAGCUGGUCCUGCAAUUCGUUCUGUAUGUAUGAGAGAUAUGGGAACUGAAAUGACGCCGAUACCGAGUCAAGAACCUUCAAGAUCUGUCACACCAGUUGGUGCAACAACUCCUCUUCGCAGUCCUACUUCUUCGCUCCCUUCUACUCCUAGAGGAGGCCAACAAGAAGAGUCUUCUUUGUCACAAGACCCGUCAAAGAACACAAGAAGAGAACUCUCUGAGGAGGAAGUCAAAGCGAAGACGAGAAGAGAGAUAGUAGCUUUAGGGGUUCAAUUAGGGAAGAUGAACAUCGCAGCUUGGGCAAGUAAAGAAGAAGAGGAGAACAAUAACAAGAAUGCAGAUGCAGAGGAGACGCAGAGGAUUGAGUUUGAUAAACGAGCUACUGCGUGGGAAGAAGCAGAGAAAUCAAAACAUAAUGCAAGGUAUAAGCGUGAGGAAAUCAGAAUACAAGCUUGGGAAAGUCAGGAGAAAGCCAAACUCGAAGCAGAAAUGCGACGUAUUGAGGCCAAAGUGGAGCAGAUGAAAGCUGAAGCUGAAGCAAAGAUGGUGAAGAAAAUAGCGAUGGCUAAGCAAAGGUCGGAAGAGAAAAGGGCUUCAGCGGAAGCUAGAAAGUCCCGUGAUGCCGAGAAGGCAGCGGCUGAAGUCGAAUAUAUCCGGGAAACAGGUCGAAUACCGGCUUCUAGUUACAGGAUAUGUUGUGGUUGGUUCUCAUGAACCCUUGGAUCAUCUUUUGAGUAAACCUAGGAUUUGAUCUCAAAUCCCAUUUGUGUGUAAUAUAUAAAUGGAAUGCAUUUUGUGUUGCAUAGAUUCCAAUAGAGAUGACAAAGAUUGUGU